CAUGGCAAUAUACAGGUACCUGUAGAAAAUAAAACUUUCAGUCAAAUAAAUUGGUGUCCACAGGUUGUGAAAUUGUGUAUAUAAAAGUAAACUAUUUUCUAUUUCAAACGAAUUUUGGAGACGCUCUCUCUCUCUCUCUCUCUCUCUCUCUCUCUCUUGUUACUUUCCCGUUCGCUUUUUAUAACUUAUGAUUCCAAGUUUAUACCUUCUUACCUAAUAAGUUUAAAUAAACAAUUGAAAUUAAAUGAAAGUACACAUAUUGACAGAAAAAAAUCCCAAAUACCUAAAAAUAGCAUAGAAACUCCCACAUAUUUGUAAUCUCUACAAUGGAGUCUUUUCCACCAUUAAUAUGUGAUGGACUGCAGCACAUAUCAGAGACACUGUUUGUGGUACUGUGUGAAAUAGUGGGGACUUCACAACAGGUGGCCCUCAGGAGGGAGUUACAGGACAUCAUAGAGAUGGUGGAGAGACAAGUGACACCUGAUGAUGAGGUCACUUAUAUGCUGAGUGGAAGUAGGAGAGAAGGGUUCAGACUGGAGGGAUCAGAUGUGGACUUUAUGGUCUGGUAUAACAGCCACCAAGUAAUCAUGGAUAUGUCUCAGUCUGAGUAUUACAACACAGCCAAUACAACCUUGAUUCUCUCUGACAGUUCUGAGAGUCCACCAGGAUUUACUCUACUUCAGUUACUGACGCCAACAACAAUCAGAGACGUCCAAUCAGCAUGUGUCAUAAUGAAUGACAGAGUCUAUAUAUCUAGUUCUAUAUACAGACAGUUAACUUGUUCAACAGUAGUUCCUAAUUCUACUGUACAUGGACCCUGUGGUAGUGGUAAUAUAGCUGGGAGAGAAUACGACACAGCCUUCUGUUUUGUUUGUGACUUUUGGCCUUUGUCUGCCUCCUUGUGGAUAGACAGAUGUAACUCAUGGCCUGGCCCUGAAGUUGUUGAUGACAUUGUCAGAAAUGGAUGUCACUUUGUAGCAAUAGGACAUCCAUUAGGGCCAAAUGAAAAUGAGGAAUGGAGAGUUUCAUUUUCUCAAGCAGAACAGAAAUGUGUGUUUGCAAUGACCCACAGUCAGUUUUUGACUUAUGGAUUGUUAAAGCUGUUCCUAAAAGAAGUUAUAAAUCAACAAUCAGAAGAAACCAAUAAACUGUUGUGUUCCUAUCACAUAAAAACAACAAUUUUCUGGGCAAUUCAACAAAACACACUUCCUCAAGGUUGUACACAAAAUCUCCAAGCCAGUUUCUGGAUCUGCUUUCAACUCCUCCUAAAAUGGGUGUAUGAGGGGGUUUGUCCCAACUUUUUCAUUCCACAAAAUAACUUGUUUCUGACAAAGGUGAAUGGCUCAGCACAAAACAGAUUGUUCCUACAGUUACAUGAAUUGUACAAGAAAGGUUUGGCCUGUCUGUUACAGAGUUCCUCUAUCAGGUCCUACAUCAUUGAUGUCCUAUAUAAUCCAAAAGCUAUGGUUUUUACAGAUGAGAGUAUAAUGAAGUCUGAAAUUGAUCAUGAUUUAGAUCUUUUCUGUUUUUGCAGUUUUCCUCAGACAUCAGAUAAGCACAAAUGUAUAAAAGCCAUAUACACAAUUGAACGGUUGGUAGAUUCAACCCUAACACACAAUCAUGUUUUCAUGUUACAGAAAUGUACAGCCAUCAUUCUUCAGUGCACUGCUUUUAUAUUACACAACAUGUACACUAACACAGGCGUCAACAAACAGGUGUAUAUUGCAGACAAAAUGUCCUGUCACAUGCUCAAAUUAGCAGCCAAAUUUGGUUAUGUGUCUGACAUGUUGUACAUUGCCAUGUAUUAUUACAAGACACUCAGAUACAGGGAAGCUUUAUUUGUUAUAGAAAUGACAAAGGUCAAGUUAGCACAGCCAUAUCUGAUGUAUAAGAGACGUGUAGACAGAGAGAGGUAAACUGAGGCUGUAGGGGGACAGUCCUGGUCUACAAAGAUGAGACAGGCUGUAGCAAGGGAUAUUAGACUUGACAACAAAAUCUGUUAUAUCAAUGAACUAAUACCAGAACAACAGUCUGCUAUUAAGAAUAAGUGGUCUAUAUUAUCUAUCCCUGUGUUUGUAAUGUUACACUUCCUGGAGUUCUUGUGUUACAGACACAUUGAUACUGCAUUAUCACAUGCAGCUCUAGAUGAGCUACAGGUCCUAGUCCACCAUGAUCAGGGACUAUACAUUAGUGAUCCUUGCAGAGACAUUUCCUGGGAGAUCCUGGGGAUCUGUCAACAGAUCACAGGGAACCUCCAGGCUGCUCUAUACUCAUCCCAACAGUCACUCACACAGUAUCCAUGCAACAAAAUACAAACUGCUACACAGAUGAGAAUACAGGAUCUGAUGGGUACAGCCCCACUUGAGUAAUACAUUUAACUGAAUCUCACAUAUGAUGUAUUAAGUCAUAUAUUUUACAUCUUCCAAUAGUCACUGCUCACAAAGUAUUAAAUACAAAUUUAAUGCAAACUGCUACAUGGAGAAGAAUAUAGGAUGUGUAAUUAAAUUAGCAAUUCUGAAAAUAAGAUUGAAGGACUGCCACAAUUUUGACAUAUAACAUCAAAAAGUUAACCUUUUCCCACUAUUUUUCAUUUUUGCAUUUUUUGCAUAAAAAGGCUUGUUUUCAACAUGUUUUUAGACGGUGGCUAUAAAAAGCCACGGUCUAUUGCUACGGUCCUGGCCGGAAGAGUAUUUCUCACGGGAACCCUAGCGGAUAAGGAACGAUAACUCUGUUAGGUAUGCAGUGUUACAGGCAAUGUUUUAUCUUUGUGUAUUAUAUAUUUCAGUAUGAGAACUAAUUUUCAUCUUAUCAGAUGUUUUAAGCAUUAUAGCUGCUAAUUAUUUUGUACAUACAUUUAAAUAAUGUAUGAAAUUGUGUUUUAUUUUAAAUGAGCCGUUACCCUGUCUGCUUACGCGGUAUUAAUACAUGUAAUUUAUGCACACACUGCCAGAUGUGAGGUUUAACUCUGUAUCACGACUGCAUAAACUAUAUCACUGCGAUAAUUAUUCUCGAGAUCUCACAAUAAUUGCUUCUUGGUUUUUUUAUGAUGUAAACAAUUGUCAGAAACACAUUAUUUAAACUAGUUUGCCAUUUCAUAUUUCAGCAAUUAUGCUUCAUCGAUAAAUUCAGUUUUUAACGCAUUAGUUUUUGUUGAGGCAGUAUUUUAUUUUGUUGAAGCUUAUUCUUUUCUUGUACAAGUGUGCAUGUGUUUUCAAACAAAUUAAAAACUUUAAAUUUACGACAAAAAUGUGUUUAAUUUUGGACUGACCUGUGAUUUACAAUGUACCUUAUUUUGUAACUCACUCAGUCUGUAGAAACAUUUAUUUUAUUACAGGCACCUCAAUUUUCAUCAGACAAUAUUUACUACUGAUGUUGACGCUUUACUUGCUCCUGACUUUCUCUCAAACACGCUAAUCGACGUCGGAUUGUAAGAUUCACGUGCAAAUCGAGUCGCCAUUUUACAAUUUUACAUGGAUAUAAAGAAAUCACAUUUUACGAUGUUUCAAAGAGUUUCAGUUCAGAUUUUUUGUAAGCAAAUAAGGGAUUGAAGACAUAUGCUGUAAAACGUCUUAUGGAUGUCACGGCGUGUCAGUUCGUGUAUCUCUAAAGUAAUUUGCAGCAAACGCUAGUUUUUUGUGAGAGAAAGAAUCGAUUCAACUCAUGCGAUAUUCCAUAUACUAGUACAUUAAUGGUACGUUGUGAACGGUAAUGUAAGAUAUAAUAAUUUUGUUACCUAAACAGUUUCUGUCGAAGUUUUCACAAUGAACUGAAUAACGCAUUUCGAUGAGCGAAGUACAAAUAGUGACUUUAACCCAUAUGUGCCCGUCCCUGCCUAAUGUAUUAGAAAAUCUUUUCUUUGGUUUUGGGGGGAUUUUUCACUAACAGAUAACAUUAUUUACACAUGUACGUAGACAUCGCCCCGUUUGUUCUCAAAUAAUUUUUAACUCGCGAGUACAACUCUAUUAUGAGUUUUCUUCGACAUUUCCUUCCAUGUGUUAGCAUCAUUUUGUCAACAUGCAUUUACAAAUAGGCGGGCAUAUAUAAAUGCGCGUUUGUUGCGACUCGCAAUUGAAAUACACACCGGUUAGAAAGUGUCAUCACUCAACACAAUGCUACAUCGGCCGUGGUGUAUAAAUGUGCUUCAUAGAUGACUGUAGUAUUCUGCUGAGCUACAGAACUAUAGCUUUCCGGAAAUAUUUCCUGGAUUUUCGAACCCUAGAUCUAUUGUCUAGUACAUGCAAAGAAUAAAAUCAAAUUUAUAUACACAGCUGUACGGUCUGAAAAAACGUGCGUUCAACUUGGAUUUUGUUUGUUUGGUGUUUUAAAAAACUAAUUUUGAAUAAUUAAUCAAUAUUUGUUGUAGGUUUACUACAAAAAGUUUAAUGUAGCAAAUAAUUUAUGCGUGUUAAAGUGUACUGAAAAGCGAUAAAAUAUACAUGUGACUUUCCCUAUUUCAUUCAAAUGAUUUGAAUAAAUCUAUACCUAAAUACAAUAGAACAAAUGUACUUUAUUAAAACGUUGAUUAAUGAAACUGCCGCGACUGAAUAUUGUAUGAUUUUUUUUUCAAAUUUUCAUUCACUUUCGUUGUGAGCGAAUGGAAAUAAUCCUUCAAAGUCGAAGAUUGAUUGACUCUACCGACUCUUCUGUUUCAUGAUACAUGCAUUCCAAAAGCAAUACCAGUUUUAUCAAACAGGUUCUUGUAAACCCAUUCCGUUUUGUUUACACCUAAAUGUAUUAACUGACUAUGAGGACAAAAGCAAGUGUGAAUUUCCCCGUGAAGAAAUUGAGAGAAAAUGCUGUCGAGAGGGACAAUAAACAUACUACAUGUAUGCCCAAAUAGUUAGUAAAAACCUGAUAAGUAUUUUAUCAUACCAAAGCUUUAUUUGUUCUCGUUACUUUGAGAAAUCUACAAUAUAUUUAGAGCACAAUAGUCCAAUCCACACUUUUCAAAAGUUGUUCCCCUUUGCGGGGCCAAUCCAAAGGUCAAAAGGGAAAAAACCCAAAAUUCACCUUCUUUAUACAAUCAAAUAUUUCGGCGUACUGUGAUGAAAUCGCUUUUGAUUUAUUCAUUCAGUAUGUGGUGGCAACCUACAUAUUUAAUGAGUCAUUCUGGGGCAAUCAAAAUACAUAGUAUUACCAGGUUUUUAAUGUCAACUGAUAUAGAUACAAACAUAUAGAUACAAAUAUAAAGAUACAAACUUCUACACAACAAAGGCUACUGUGAUAAAUCUAUGGGUUUUCCCCAAAAGAUGACGACCAAGAGACACAGCAUUUGUAAAGAGUGGAUUGAGAUCACAGCUACGAUUUCCACAGAAUUAUCCACGUAGGAAAUUCACGACCAGUUGUGCCAGUAAGCAUUAAGUAUUAGUACAUGUAUGCGAUACUGGCCGCGGUUUUCGACAACAAUAAUUAUCAUACACGAAAUAUGCCACUUUCAAACGACGCCACCGUCUAACAGUACUUUCAGUACUUUGAUUUUUUAAUUAAAUACUGAGCAAUUGCUUAAACAAACAAAACAUUUUCAUCAUUUAUAUCUUUCCAAGACUAACAAGUGACAAAAGUUUGUUCUUGAUCAAAGUGUCGCUCUGUAUCUCCCAUUUAAAAAAGAUAAGACAAAUACCAAUUUUUGACUGAUUUUGACUAAUUUACAAAAAUAGCAUCACUUAUGACUUCAUAUCUUGCCAGUGAGUGCAAAUAAAUAAAAUAUCAUCUUUUUGGCCUGACACACUAGAAUGCUAUACUAUUCAAUAAGAAAAUUUUGACUGAUAAUGUAUAUUAAGCAGGGGUGUUGGAAGGUAUUUCAUAUGUUGGAGAGGUGAAUUUGAUUGGUAAGGAGAAGGG